CGAGAACACCACCACCACCACCAGCAGCGGCUCGCUCCCUCCCUCCAUCCCUCUCUCUCUCUCUCUCUUUCGCCCUCCCUCCAUCAGUCCGGCCGUCCAGCAGUUAGCAUGCAUGCUCUGAUGCAGUGAGGAGGAGCAGCACGGAUAGCGCCUUCUCUCCGCCACGCGAAUCACCACCGCAGCCCAGGGGGAACCGCGGCUUUUCGGACACGUUCUGACUAGGGGCCUUGGUGUUGUCGCUGUGCACACAGAGACUCGUCGCCAUGGGAAAGCAGAACAGCAAGCUCAGGCCCGAGAUGCUACAGGACCUGAGGGAGAACACUGAGUUUUCUGACCAUGAGCUGCAGGAGUGGUACAAGGGGUUCCUUAAAGAUUGCCCAAGUGGCCACCUAAAUGUAGAAGAGUUUAAGAAGAUCUAUGCCAACUUCUUCCCAUACGGUGAUGCCUCCAAGUUCGCAGAGCACGUCUUCCGCACCUUUGAUACCAACAACGACGGCACCAUCGACUUCCGGGAGUUCAUCAUCGCUCUGAGUGUGACAUCACGGGGAAAGCUGGAUCAGAAGCUGAAAUGGGCCUUCAGCAUGUACGACCUGGACGGCAACGGCUACAUCAGCCGCGACGAGAUGCUGGAGAUUGUGCAGGCCAUCUAUAAGAUGGUGUCGUCGGUGAUGAAAAUGCCUGAGGAUGAGUCCACACCGGAGAAGAGGACAGAUAAGAUCUUCAGACAAAUGGACUUGAACAAUGAUGGUAAGCUCUCUUUGGAGGAGUUCAUAAAAGGUGCCAAAAGUGACCCCUCCAUUGUGCGGCUACUGCAGUGCGACCCCAGCAGUGCCUCGCAGUUCUAAGUCCCCCCGUACCCCACCCCAGAGGAGCAGACGCUCAAUGCAUGAAGGUCGUCGUCUCUUAUUGUUAUUAGUGUUCCGGAUGGAUGAGUUUAAAGAGAAAAAAAAGUGCAUCAGUUUUCCUUUCAGUUUUUUUUUUUUCUUUUGAAAAAGGACACGCAUACAUCUGAAGAACAAAAAGGCAACACCUGCAAACGACGUCUCGUGUCUGCUGCGCUGCGUCUGUCCGUGUCUCUGUGGAGGCCCGUGGAGCGCUCGGCUCACAGCCCCGCUACUGACCCUGCUCCAGGCUCCUGGUUUUUGGGAGGGACUGUUCCCUGGGAAUUGUGCAUGCAUGCCCCUCCACCAGCUAUUCCACCACGCCCCCUCCACCAUGACCACCACCACUACCACCACCACUCCUGCCCAGCCUCACCCCUCCCUUCACCACUGCCCUCCCUUCUCCUCACUCCACCUUUCGUGUUUGAUAUGUCUGCUCUUUUUUCUUUUUCUUUUUUUUGUUCUCUGAUGUCACAGUUCUCCUUUUUAUAUCCAUACUGAUGUGUAUAUACAGUAUAAAUACGUAUAGGACAUAUUAGAGAAAAGGCGACUGUAGAUGUAUUUUUACUCACUUGCAUUCAAAGACAGUAUUGUGUAGCUUAAGGAAGUAUUCAAAUCCGUAGCCUCCAGUAGAUGCAAACUGAUGGACUGAGAGUUGGGAUUUGUUUCUGAUGUUGUUUCUAUGGCGCUUAUGAUCUUUCUUUUGUUAAGAGAAGGCUGAACAUCCCAUUGUUUUGUUUUGUUUUAUUUUGUUGAUUUUGAUUUGAAUUUUUUUGUACAUAUGUACAUGUAUUGUUUACUCCAUAUGUUCUUUAUUUAUUUUUUUGCAUUUUUUCUUGAGUUGUUAUUUGAACAAAUCUGUGAAAUCAUCAGUGCUUGAUUCUCUCCGGGCCGGUGGGAGUUAACCGCUGCUGAUUUUGCUGUGAAGGUCUUAUUUUGUUACUGCUGGACAGAGAUAUUAGAGAGACUUGAAGCUCUAUCCGGCGUCUGCGGUGAACUGUUAUAAGCUGACGGCUUGGCCAAGCAUUGUGACACAUUCGCAUCAGGGGAUACAUUCCAUUGUGUUCUGGAAUCAGAUGCUUGUAGCACAUAUGAUCUGAGGCGCUUUGUGCGUAUGCACGCGUGAGAAUGUGAGUGUGGCGUACGCAUGUUUUCAGUGCAUGUAUGUGCGUGUGUGGAUGUGCGAAUGGGUGUGUUUGUAUGCGCGUUAACUUUAUAGUACCACUUUGUGUCGUUAAAAACUACGGUACGUUUUUAAGGUAAUGCUGUGUUUUUUGAACCCCUGUUCUAAGUGGCAAUUUCCUCUGCACCACGUAAUACUCUGAAUUUUGCAAAAGGUACUCGCAAAAGAUCUGUUUGUAAUUUCAUAAUCUUUAUCGUACAACACAGAAGGAAUGUACAGCCCAGUGAUUCAGGAUUUCACAUCCCACCCACAAGCCAAAUUGCAUCUGUAAUCCAAGAGGAGAGGUAUCAGAGGUAUCGCACGACAGCACUAAGGGCUUGUUUCCACUCUUGACUGAAGGAGUGUACAAAAAUAUAUCACUGCUUUCAUCUUUCUAUCUCGUGCAUCAACGUCCGAGAGCAUAUCCCCUCAUGCACACCAGUCCCCCCCCCCCCCCACACACACUAUUUCAAUCCUUCAGUCACUCUUCUCCUGCCCUUUGUGCGCACACAGUAAUGGAGCUUCAGUCCCUGCAGCUCUAAUAUCAACACUGUCCCACCUUUUCUCGCACUACAGCUCUUAGUAUCUCAGCAUCUCAUCGCUUCCAUAUUUGUACUAAGACGAUAUACAUAUAAUAUAUAUGACUGCACCCUUAUGGCAACCCCAUGUCCCUCUCUUUUAUGUUGCAUGGAAACCUCAUGCGAGGACGUCAUGAUUGUCCCCCCCUUUGCUGAUACUGAUAAUGACAAAUAUACUUAUGUGUUUAAAA